CAUUUUCAUCACAUACAAAUUUUGAGCUCUUACCUAACAUUCAUAAGUACCCCUUUCAAAAUAUCCAGAAUCAAAUGGCCGGACUAAAUACGGAUAGUUAAAUUUUAAAGGAUGAAUAUGCUCUUAGGAAUCAGUUGGUCCUACAAACCGUAUUCCGAUGCAUCACAUAAGUGAGAUUUAAAAAAUACUUUUUGAAUUUAGCAAAAGGAGUGCUACACACAACCUGUAUUAAAAUCCGUUCCAAAUUCAUGUGCUUUGCUUUAAAAAUAAGGAGAACGUAUGCAAUCAAAUUCACCUUUCACCAACCAAUUUCUUUGUGAUGUUCCCUUUGGCAUCCUUUCCUUUGAAAGACCAAAACUUUAUAAAUGACAACCAUCUUUAGAUCUACUCAAUUAAGGAACAGGAGACUUGAAUUUCCUUUGUCUUCUCAAACAUGUCCAAAGAAAAUGUGCAAAGACAUGCUAUGGAGAAAAACAGAAAUCCUAAAGAAAAAGAGAAACCAAACCAUGGGUUCUUGUCCAAACACCUGAGAAAAGUUUACCCAAUUAGCCGGAGGAGAAGCUGCUCACCUCUCUCCCUUUCUUCGCUCUCUUUGUCUUUGUCACAGAACUCAAACGAUUCCACCUUCACGGAUUACAGCAUUCCACUGGAUCAGGAAAUCUCAUUUGCAUUGAGAAGGAUUGUGCCUAUUGAAAGACGAGAUUUUCCGAUGGGGGCUAAAAAUGUUCAUCAACAUAUUCCAGACUCCAACAGUGAAGGCUUAAGGAGGUGCAACUGGAUCACAAAGAACAGCGAUAAAACUUACGUACAAUUUCAUGAUGAUUGCUGGGGAGUUCCAGUUUAUGAUGACAAUCAAUUAUUUGAGCUGCUUGCACUGUCCGGUAUGUUGAUGGAUUAUAAUUGGACAGAGAUUCUCAAAAGGAAGGAGUUGUUUAGGGAAGCUUUUGCUGAAUUUGAUCCCAACACUGUUGCAAAAAUGGGGGAGAAGGAGAUCAUUGAAAUAGCCUCCAACAAAGCAGUAAUGUUAGCAGAGGGCAGAGUGAGGUGCAUAGUAGACAAUGCCAAAUGCAUAGUGCAGAUUGUGAAGGAAUUUGGAUCAUUCAGUAGCUAUGUGUGGGCUUAUGUGGAUUUCAAACCAGUGAUCAACAGAUACAGAUACCCAAGAAAUGUCCCAUUGAGAACUCCAAAAGCAGAAGCCCUAAGCAGGGACUUAUUGAAGCGCGGGUUCCGGUUUGUGGGGCCAGUGAUUGUGUAUUCAUUCAUGCAAGCUGCAGGAAUGUCAAUUGAUCAUCUUGUUGACUGCUUUAGGUUUGGUGAAUGUGUGAGCAUUGCAGAAAGACCAUGGAGACAUGUCUGAGAUGAGCUCUACAAAUCUUUUCAGAAAAAGCUUUCUAACGUUUUUUUUUUUUUUUUAUCAGCUUCGAAAGUUAAUGUUGAACUUAUCUAACUUUCCAUUUUGGAGAAAAAGUUUUUAAAUUUAUUUGCUUAUUAAUUAUAAGGAUUGGUUUGUAAAGUUCAAAAGAAAACAUUGGAUUGUUCAUCUCUGCAAAAUUUUCUGAGAGUCAGUUAUUCACAAUUUGUUUGUGAAGUACAUUAUGAUAGAAUGACAAUUUAUGAUGAUCGUGAAUUGUGAUUA